GGAAGGCCAAGCAUAUCAGCGUUAUCAUUUCUAGAAAGAGGAAUUAAUAUCUACAGUGAUUGUUAUAAAUCACUGAACUGUUCCAUUGCUUUCCAAUUAAGAACUUCGCCAUGCUGGUAUUUCUCUUCCUGGGGAUUGCAUCCUCGUUGGCCAAUCCGAUUGUUGAUGGUGAUGGAAACAUAUUGAAUUUGACGUCUUGCGGUUACCAAAAGGUCAGUGAUGGCACGAGUGAUACGGUUUCUGUGUAUGAAUUUCCCUGGCUUGUGCAUGUGAAGCUAUCAAAACUGGCUUACGACUACGAGUUUGCCGAUAGAUGUGUGGGUGUUUUAAUUAAUGACAGAUAUGUGUUGACCAACGCUUAUUGUGGAGCCGAGGCUAUUACUGUUGUAAUUGGUCAAUACAAGACCAAUGAGGGCGUGGGUUGCGAUUCCCAAGCAUGCACGUUUCCCAAAUUAGUGGUGCACGUUGAGGAAUAUAUCCGUGAUGGUAUCUCCCAGAAUGGGCCCUACGACUUUGGCUUAUUAAGACUUGAAGAUAAGGUUACGUUUACUGAUUUCAUUCAACCCAUCUGCUUGAUGGGUAGCACCAGACAGAAUCCUGAUUCCGUAACCUUUUCCGGAUGGGGGGCUUCAAACUCACAAGGAGUUGUAAAAAAACGUCUAGUUUUCAACGUAGUUUCCGAUGACGUAUGCUUCGAUGCGGAAUCUCAUUUGAAAGGAAACGUUGAAUUUGCUAAGUCCGAUUUUGUGUGUGCGAUGCCCUCAGAAGGCAACAAAGUAAGCGCAUGCGUUGGAGAACGAGGCAGUCCUUUAAUGUACAAAUCGGAGAAAGGGCAAUGGUACGUGGAUGGUGUAGUCAUACAUGUACUCUUUUCAGCGGAUAGUCUAGAUACAUGUACCUAUAAUAGGCCAGUAGAUGGUAUUAGAAUUACUCCAAACGUGAUUGAGUGGAUUGUAGCUACCAUCCGCCCUUAACUAUACUAUUUGACUAAAAGAAAUUUAAGCAAAUGACUGUUUGCAUUGCCCCCAGUAAAAAAAACACCCAACCACUUGUUGGCUGAAACAUGAAAUAUCUAACUGGCCAAAUAAUUUUUUCCACUGUCCUUAAAAAUUUUAAAUAACAUCUCAUAAAUUUAGUCCCACUGAUGUAUUACACUUGACAUGUUUGAACACUUUGUUAAUUUUGCAUAAAAAAAUUUAUUACUUAUGAGAUGUAAAUAUGUAAUAGGUACCUAGGUAAUAAAAGUGCAAAUCGUGACAAAAAGUUAUAAUCAAUAGGUACCUAUCAAAUUGUUCCUAAUAAGCCACUCUAAAUCGCCAUAUCUAAUACAUCUGUAUUAGGCCAAGCUUCCAUUAACUAAUCGCCUUUUACGAUAUGCAGUAGGUUAUGCUUUCCCACCCCUACAUGGGUCAUCACUCAUCAGAGUAAUGUCUUAUUUCGAGCGAUUAGAACAAUUCAUCAUCAAAGAAACAUGAUUAAAGUUCUUCAAGUACUUCAAAAUAAAGUGAUCGGUUUUAUUUUAUUUUAUUUUAUUUCUACAAAAUAAAAUAAAUCUUGCAGCAGUAGAAGUGCACAAUUCAUCCAAGAUGAACAAACUCAGCUUGAUAAAAUGCGGUGCCUCAUUGACGUUGAGUUGCAUCAAGGAACAACUACCAAAUGGAUUCUACCAACUCGGUUAAUCAUAAAAAAAGCAUCAUUAACUUGAAUUUGAAAUGGAACACA